AUGUCCAAACCCUGGGGUGGUGCCGGCGCCUGGGCCGCCGAGGCCGAGCGCGCCGAGGCUGAGGAGCUCGCGGCCGCCCAAGCCGCCGAGUCCCAGAGCUUCCCUAGCCUCAAAGAAGCCGUCAGCGCCAAGCCCAAGAAGAAGAAGAUGACUUUCUCCCUCUCCGAAUUCAACAGCGCCGCCUACUCCUCCUCCUCCUCCGGCCCCACCUCCGGCUCCACCCGCCUCACCCCCGACGAGAUGCUCCGCCUCCCCACCGGCCCUAAAGAACGCUCCGCCGAGGAAAUGCAGUACGGCGGCCGCGGCUUCUCCAACUACGGCAGCCGCGGCCCCAAUCCGGGUCGGGGCAGGGACCGCGAGGAUUCCGACGGGUCCUGGGGUGGCGCUGGAGGCGGCGGGAGAAGACCAUACGGCGGAUUCGACGACGACCGGAGGGGCCCGCCUUCUAGGGCUUCAGAUUUGGAUUUGCCGUCUAGGGCUGACGAGGUCGACAAUUGGGCCUCCGCUAAGAAGCCUAUGCAGUCUUUCGAUUCCGGUCGGGGGCAGAACCGGUACGGCUCCCUAGGCGGAGGCGCUGGAGGCGGCGCAAUUGGUGGUGGCUUUUCUAGAGCUGACGAGGUUGAUAACUGGGGCGCUGGGAAAAGGCCUGUCCAGCCUGGUCCUCCGGCUAGAUCAUCCACAUUCGGGUCCGGGUUUCGCGAUUCGGGCCCGGAAGAGCGGCCUAGGUUGGUUUUGGAUGCCCGGAAAGAUGUAGGGUUGAAUGAGGCGCCUCAGCAGGUGGUGAAGAGCAAUAAGGCGAGUCCUUUCGGAACAGCGAAGCCUAGAGAGGAGAAUUUAGCUGGGAAGGGGUUGGAUUGGAAGAAGCUGGACUCUGAAAUUGAGGCCAAAAAGACGAGUAGGCCUUCCAGUGCGCAUUCGAGCCGGCCUACUAGUGCACAGUCGAGCCGGUCUGAGGGUCCGGGGAUGCAUGGGGUUGAGAAUGUGGUAAAGCCGAGGCCGAAAGUAAACCCUUUUGGGGAUGCCAAGCCAAGGGAAGUGUUGCUGGAGGAGCAAGGUAAGGAUUGGAGGAAGAUUGAUCAGCAGUUUGAGCAUCGCGCUAUUGACAGGCUGGAGACUGAAGAGGAAAGAAGAUUAAAAGAUGAAAUAGAUGGCCUAAAGAAGGAACUGAAAUCAAUAAAUAACGUGAACAGUGAAACUGUGCAAGAGUCUAGUGCCACCCAGCCAAGGUUACAUGAUAUUGUGGCUCAGAAGGAAAGGGAAUUGGAGUUGCUGAUCCGAGAUUUGGAUGACAAAGUUCGCUUUGGGCAGAAAGCCAUUGACAGGCCUGGGUCUGGGGCAGGCCGGGCUGGCAGUUUUCUCGAUAGAACACCUUCUCAGUCUGGAUCAUUUGAAGAUUCUAGAAAUAUGGAAUAUAUGGAUAGACCACGAUCACAUGGCAAAGGAGAUGGGUGGGGAAGGCCUUCUGAUGACAGAAGGGGAUUCCAAGGUAUCAGGGAAAGGGGAUUUCAAGGUAACCGAGAAGGAGGAUAUCAAGGUAACCGAGAAGGAGGAUUUCAAGGUAACCGUGAAGGAGGAUUCCAAGGUAGCAGGGAAGGAGGAUUUCUAGGGAACAGAGAUUUCCACAGGUCAAGUUCAAGAGAGAGAUGGUGAACAACACAACUUUGUCUAUGGAUUCAUUGAAUUAAUCUUCUACCUUUGACAAGCAGAAUCAAAUAAUUUUUGGCGCCUCUCUUUUUGUUUUCUUCAUUUUGCUCCGGGAAAUGGAACAAAGCAUUAUUGAUUACUGGCAUCGGGAGAAGCUCUUGCCUUGAUCUAUUGUUACAUCUUUGAACCCAUGUAAAAUUGCAAUUUUCCCUUCUUUUUCUUUUGUCUGUCUUAUAUCAAGGAGACUAUUGAUCUUAGGAUCCAAUUUUACUAAACUCUGAGUCUAUGGGACUCGCUAGACUACUUUUGUGAUGACUGUUAUACAGAUGAUUUGGUUCUGUUGUUCUGGAGGUUCUAGCAGACCGAUUCUCUC